AUGGCUCCACCUGGGGAUCCGCGGUGCCUCUGCAGGCUGGUGCAGGAGGGCCGGCUGCGCGCCCUGCAGGAGGAGCUGGAGGUAGUUGGAGGUUGCCAGGGGCCAGAGAUGGCCCUAGGCAGCCGAGGGCCAGCCGGAGACACCCUUCUCCACUGUGCAGCACGCCAUGGGCGCCAGGACAUCUUAGCGUACCUAGUGGAGACUUGGAGUAUGGACAUCGAGGCUACCAACAGAAACUACAAGCGGCCUCUGCACGAAGCUGCCUCUAUGGGCCACCGGGACUGUGUACGCUACCUCCUGGGCCGAGGUGCAGUCGUGGACUCCUUGAAGAAGGCAGACUGGACUCCUCUGAUUAUGGCUUGCACAAGGAAUGAAGUGAUCCAGGACCUUGUAGAACACGGUGCUAAUCCACUCCUGCAGAACAAGGACGGCUGGAACAGUUUCCACAUUGCCAGUAGAGAAGGCGACCCCGUGAUUCUCCGGUACUUGCUCACUGUCUGCCCAGAUGCUUGGAAAACAGAGAGCAACAUUAGAAGAACUCCUUUCCACACUGCAGCAAUGCAUGACUGUUUCGAAGCAGUCCAGGUGCUUCUUGAGAGGUGUCACUAUGAACCAGACUGUAGAGACAACUGUGGUGUCACGCCAUUCAUGGAUGCAAUUCAGUGUGGCCAUGUUAGCAUAGCCAAGCUGCUCCUUGAAAACCAUGAGGCUUGCUCUUCAGCUGCAGAUAGCCUGGGGGCCCAGGCUCUACACCGAGCAGCAGUCACCGGGCAGGUUGAGGCCAUAAGAUUCCUGGUGUGCGGUCUUGGCAUUGAUGUAGAUGUGAGAGCAAAGUUAAGUCAACUCACAGCACUUCACUCUGCAGCGAAGGAAGGACAGACGAGUACAGUUCAAACUCUGUUGUCCUUGGGUGCCGACAUCAACUCUACAGAUGGAAGAAAGCGCUCAGCCCUGCAUCUGGCCUGUGCAGGUCAGCAUGUGGCUUGCCCCAGGUUCCUCCUACAGUUGGGACUGAAGGAAUCCACAGACCUAACAGGCACCUUGGCCCAGCACCUCACAAGGAGCGUAGAUAUCCUUCAGGACUUUGACCACGAUGUGAAAUCAUAG